AUAUGGAAUAUGCUCACGCUUUCAUCAAGCGUUAGUGCAUGGAAACGUGUAUGAAUUUAUUUAUACUGUAUACAAUGUUUUAAUGUCAAAUUUUGUUUCGGUCUUAGCGUCAGUGAUUAUAGAACAUCGUCGAUGCUCGUCGUUUUCACAAUACCUCCAUGUAUAUAUGUGCGUUUUCUUGCCUGUACUACACGUAAAAAUAAUGAACCCCACUUUUUCCAUUAUAAAUACCUGACGGUUGUCGACUUCUCGCGUGUUCCUUGGUAUUCACUAUUUAGUCUUCCUUCGUACGGCCGUUAAUCGACGGAUCAGAAAGUUGCCUUAUUCGGGAUAUAUUACGCGAAAAAACACGAUCGUUUCGUUUUUUGUUUUUUUUUUUUGUUUUGUUUUACAAUGUGAAUUUUUAUCAAAAAAUCAUAACUUUCAGAAUUUUCAACAAUAAUGGCCGAAAACGCCUUCAAUCUUCACCCAUAAGUUACUCCGAAGUGAUAUGAAUGUCUUCGAAUAAUAGUUUUAAAAUAAACCUGGUGAAUAUGCCGAUCCGCGUCGAGUUCGCGAACCAGACGGCGAACAUUAUGUCGAGCACGUCGGAAAUAUCGCGUUCGGCUUCGUUGAACGUAGCGACAACGAAAUCGAAACCAGUUCGGCCGUCUUUCAAAUCAAAAUGGAAAAGUUUCCGGACGCGAACGCAUACUACGAAAAAAUCGCCGGGCGAUGCGGACGAGAAGACCCAUCAUCACAGCGACUCGCCCACGGAGGAUUUCUUCUUCAUGGAGAGUUUUUCCGAUAACGGGUACGCUCACGACGAAUUAUCGGUGAAAAUCUGCAAAGAAUUUAUUCGGCAGAGUUUACUAGAUUCUGUACGUAUGCUGAAGGGUAACGAUAGUCUGCUAAUCGAGAUGGAGAAUAAUCGAGCGGACGCUAUUGAUCAGAAAUGUUUCGAGAAUUUGAGCGAUUUGGAGCGAAAUCACGUAUUCUUAUGGUCGGCUUUUAUCACCCGAAUCGAUUACCUGGAGCUGCUGUACGAGUUAGGAGCAGAUGUAACGUUCACGUUGCAACGCGAAGGCGGCUUUAACGCUCUGCAUUUGAGCGCAUUUAGCGGCUGCGUGAAUUGCGUGAAAUGGCUGAUCAGCAAAGGAUGCGAUAUUAACGCCAUCAAAGAUACGUAUACGCCUCUGCAUUACGCUGUGCUGGGGAAUUCGCUAUCCACGGCGCAGUUUUUGAUCGGCCACGGAUGCGUGAUCGGAGAGACGGUGCUGCACGCUGCCGUUCAUGCUAACGCCGUCGAUUGCGUGCAAUUUUUGAUGAAUAUCGGCGUCAGUCUGACUUGCUGCGAUCAGUACGGAAUGACCGCUUUGCAUUUAGCCGCCGAUCGCGGCUUCUAUCAGUGCCUGAAAGUGAUGCUGGACUACAACAAGACGGACGUGGACGUGAAAACGAAUCGACGCAAGGCGACCGCUCUGCAUUUAGCUUCGGAGAGCGGAUAUCCGCGCUGCAUACAGUUGCUCAUCGACAAAGGCGCCGGCUUAAACGUGACCAACUACAAAGGACAGACGGCGUUGCAUUUGGCGGCCCGAGCGCAGAGUUUGGAAUGCGUGGAAAUCCUGCUCAAGUCCGGCUCCGACGUGAAUGCCAGAGACGUGGAUAAACGUUCGCCGCUGCAUGCGGCCGUAUGCAAGCCGCAAAUGGCGUUCCCAAUCGUCGAGCUGCUGGUGCGACACGACGCCGACGUCAAUUUCCCCGAUCGUUAUGGUUACUCGCCGUUGCACGUUGCCGCGCUGAACGAGCUGUCGCAUUGCGUAGAUUUCUUGAUUAGUCGAGGCGCCAACGUCGGCGCUCGCACGAAAGGCGGAAUGUCCGCGCUGAGCAUUAUAAACCGCAAAACGCCGACCAGCGUGAACGCUAUCAAGAAAAAACUCGACGAAUCGCUCUCGGUAACCGAACCCGAAGGCAACAAUCGCGAAUUACGACUGAAACUCGACUUCCGUUACAUUCUGCAGAAUUCCACGUGCGGCGAAAUCGGAUUCCUGCAAACGCUCGAGAAAGAAGGCCAUCGAGAAAUACUCGAGCAUCCCCUCUGCAUAGCCUUUCUGCACCUGAAAUGGGAAAAAGUACGAACGUAUUACUUCUUGAGACUGAUUUUCUGCACCGUGUUCAUCGUGCUGCUCAGCACGUACGUAAUGACCGCCUUAGCCCACGACUGCUACAACGCUGCCAAAAAUCUCACAUCGAUGCAGGACAACAUCUGCAGAAAUAACUCGUUCGUCGGCGAUAAACUAAUGGCGAAUCCGGCCUUCAUGGAAUAUGUUUGGUAUCUGCUGGUGUUCUGCAACGCCAUCGAAUUAAUACGCAAAUUAUACAGCACGCCGGGUUUCUCGUCGUUCAAACAAUAUUUCCUCAGCAUAUCGAAUAUGAUCGAAUGGCUAGUCAUCGCCAGCGUGUUCGCCAUUUCCUGCGUGUACACCGGACAAACGUAUACGUGGCAAAAUCACGUCGGCGCGUUCGCCGUGCUCUCCGGAUGGUCCAUAUUGAUGAUAAUGAUCGGCCAAUUACCGUUAUUCGGCACCUACAUCGCUAUGUAUACCAAAGUACAAAAAGAAUUCGCCAAGCUACUGCUGGCCUACUCCUGCCUGCUGAUCGGAUUCACCAUCAGUUUCUGCGUCGUAUUCCCCACCGAAGAAGCGUUCAGCAGCCCCCUAAUCGCACUAGUCAAAGUGUUAGCCAUGAUGACCGGCGAAUUAGAUUUGAAUAGUUUGCUGCUCGAUCCGGUCAACACGAAUAAAGCUCAUUUACUCAAAUUAAGCGCUUACGUUACCUUCGUACUGUUCCUAUUCUUCGUUACGGUCGUACUGAUCAAUUUACUCGUCGGUAUCGCCGUACACGAUAUCGAAGGCCUGCACAAAACCGCCGGCUUAUCCAAACUAGUCCGACAAACCGAACUUAUUUAUUUCCUAGAACUAGCCCUGUUUCACGGAUACCUGCCUAAAAGGAUAAUGAACUGGUUAAAAUUGGCCAUCUUCGUGUCUCCUCAAGCGUACCGCGUUGUGCUCUACGUCAGACCUCUGAAUCCGCGCGAAAAAAGACUACCUCGAGAUGUGAUGGAAAAUGCCCUCAAUGUAGCCAGACAACGGAAAAAGGCGUAUUGCACAAUACGCAGCAGUAACUCGGAAAUCAUCAAACAGAAAGAGGAUUACGGAAGCUUGGCCGCUGAAAUACGCGAACUGAAAGAAAUGGUGAAAAUGUUGAUGGAAAACUCGGCGAGAAAAUCGUAGUUGACGCGUAUUCUAUCUAAUCGUUCGCUUACCGUAUCAAUAUUUUAAAAAUGUAGUGUUUUAAAAAAGAAACGUUUUAAUUAAUUAA